AUGGCACCGACGCAACUGCUCUCUGCCGCUUUCUGCGCCAUCGCCUCAGCCGCCACAGCCGUCGCAGUGCCGCCGGCCGCGCCUGCUCCUCCUACCCCUCCGCCACCGCCGCCAUCGCAGCUUAUGGAGGUGCUCUCCAUGUGCAUUGUCGUUACGGACACAACUCAGUACCCCGACUGGCAAUCCAUCCACACAUACUUGAUGGCCGCGCUACUGGUAAAGCCAUACCCAUGCUUCAUACAGCUCACCUCUACCAACGGCUGCGACCUGCCCAACGAGCGGAACCAGACCAGCCGCGUGUGCACUACCAACGAGUGGGGUGGUGAAGCCUGCGACCCCGACGAUCUGGUCAGAAUCAUUCCGGGGUCUGCAGAGCUGGUUGCUUCACGCAGCGACGGCAGCAACAGCAAGCGGCUGAUCGCCUCAGCAGGCAACGCCGUGUACUCUGUGACCGUCGUUGGUUUCUCCCACCAAGCUCCCGGCGAUUCCUCUUUUGCAGAUCGGCUUUGCGACGCCUUUGUUGCAAAUGGCUGCGACGACGUGACCGUCCCAGACUGCCAAGACCACAUGCGGAGCGUUUGCUACCCGUCAUCUCAAGCCGGGCGGUAUCUCAACAUAGGCUUCAUCGGAUUCCAAUCUCCCCUUAGCCUUGCCGCGAUGCAGGUCUUGGAUCCCGACUGGCGCGUUCACGCGCCCCCAUGGAGUGGGGAAGACAUUGCCUGGCUGCUCCUCUGGUUGUCACCAGUCUGGUUGCCAGCGCUUCUGCUCCCAGCCGUCGCCGCGAGGAGGGCGUUCAGACGUACAGCGGUGCUGUUGGAGUUGGAGAGCGCCUUGAGCGAGAUUGAGGUGGAGCAGAUGCGGAGCCGCUUUCACGAAAAGGAGGUGCGCAAGGCCGUCUGCGUGACGAAAUGGAUGGCACGCGCGCUGCUUCUGCUCGCCAUCGGUCUGGUCCCCUGGCUGCCUGCCUUCGCCCUCCUUCCCGCCGCGCUGCCUCUCGCUCGAAGGAAGAUUAGCUGCGCCGCGUGGAUCACGUCCAGACCCUCACGUAAAUUCUGGCUCACGUUCACGAGCGCGGCCGGCUUUUCUUUCUUCGCUUGGCUCCUCGCGAGCUGGAGCCUGCUUGGGGUCGGCAGCGACCGCGAGCUGUACCGCGUCGGGCAUUACCGCGAUCCCCGCCCUCUGUUUGUUAGCGCAUGCCGUCAGCUCUUCAGCGCAUCCGACGACGACGGCUAUGAGUCGAUCGACGGAUGGUACUUCCCGUACCGCGGCAAGGUGUGCAGCGUCCUGAUGCACGCCAUUGAGCCGCAAAAUGUGCAGUACCUCGGCUUGACGCUGCUUGCACAGGGGUGCGUCAGCCUGCUCGUUGCUAUCCUCUCGCUGGCGUUGCUGCGCAAGGCUGCGGGGUCCAAGGCCUACCCAGGCUGGACCCGCCUUUCAUCUUCCUCCUCGUGGUGCGAUGCGAGCGUGGACGAGCUGUUGACCGUCACGGCGGAGCGACUCUCCGACCGCUUCGCCGGCGCUGCCAAGGAGCUCGUCGUAGGACAGCCGGAAGAGGCGGCAACAGGUCUAUACGGCAUCAUCGGCUACUCAGAGGCGUACCUUCACGAUCGGAUGAGGCAGGGCACCGCGGCAAUUAUCGAGGAGGCGGAGGCGCUCGGCGAUCCGGAGGUGCUCGAGAAUCUGCGCUUUCAGAACGGUUGGCGGCGCGAUUGUUGGCCGGACGGUUCCAGCCUCGGAGGGCGCGAGGGUAUGGUGCUCGCUGACUUUGUGGCGCUGCCGGUGGCUCGCAGAGCGCGGCUGGAGGAGGCGCACGUGGUCGCGUUGCGGCUCUACUCGACCGCCGCCUUCCGCGCGCUCAAUGGACCGAUGCGCCAGCUCAAAGUGAGCAACUACCGCAAAGGAGAGGACGGACUCCCUCUCCCGCUCGAGCCCCCGCAGCUGGCCGCGCCGCACCCGCAGCCGGCGACAAUGGCCUUCAUCUACGAGGCGCUCAAGCGGAUGCGCGCCGUCGCUGCAGUGACGACGGCCGGCCUCGAUGGCAUGGAGCUGGAGGAGCUGGUGGAGAGUGGCGAGCUGAGCCUGGACACUUUGCGGCGGGCGCGCGUCAGCGGCGAUGGUCGAUUGGGCGAAACGACCGUCGAGGAGUCGCCGGUGCCAGUGUCGGACUCUGGGGAAGCCGAGCCCGCUGCCGCCAACUGCGAAGAGCGCGCCAAACCAUGUGACGCAGGAGAGCCCGCUGCGCGUGGCGGUGGGACAGCAUUGCUAGCAGCCUGCCGGGCCCUCUGCUCUUCGAAGGCGGCGAAGCCGGCUAAGGCGGGGGAGGGACGUAUCCUCUGGCGCGGGAUGGGGGACAUGCGCGCCUCUUCCCGCUUCCUCGCGAUGGGCGGAACCGAGUUUGCUUGCUGCUCCACGACCUCGCGGCUCGAGGUCGCGGCGCGCUACGCGUCCGCCGCCGGCAAGCAGCGCGCCCUGCUUUUCCGGCUCAAAAGCUCGACGUUCAUGAACAUGGGCGUGGAUAUUUCGGAGUUCUCCGCCUUCCCGCACGAGAAGGAGUACCUCUACCCGCCCCUCACGUACAUGCACCCCACCGGUGUGAUCCACAGGCUAGUGCGCAACGGAGUGACCUUCGACAUCGUGGAGGUUGAGCCGUCCUUCCCUAGCUAG